CUACUACCCUACUCAACAACCUUGACCUGUCCCAACCUCCCAAAAAACAACCUCAUCAAAUACGCAUAGCUCUUAAAACAAAUUAAAUCCAAAAAUAACAAUCAAUACCAUCAACCCUUAAUUGGUAAAAGACUACCCCUCAUAGAUCAACCAAACCUUGCGUUUCUACAUCCACAUUUAUACUGAUUCUUUAUAUAUAGUCUCCUAAUUGUAUGCACGUGAUAUCCAACUUCGAAUCGAUCUGUGUCAAGUUACAAACCCGCAGUUCUUGCAGAGUUUGUAUCGGCAGUAACCAGGCAAUGUACUAUGUCAGAGAACCACAUUGAAGUGGCUUAGUGAAGCCUAAAACGGAAGCAUAGGUCUGUGCGUCUCAUUUACACAACAAUAUAUAGAAAUGAAAUAGUUGAACGCAAUGCCAUCAUGCUUCUCGUUGCUUUUUUUAUUUUCGCUCAAAUCAUUGUGGUGCCCUCCAAAGUGAUUCAACAUGAGAGUGAUGCCAAUCUUGCAGUGAUCUUCUCUACAUGCAACGACACUUCGAAAACCGACAGAAGAUUGGACACAACAAGAUGGAUCUUAGAUAGAUUGAACGUCUUAGGAGGACUAAAACCACUAAACCUUACACUUCAAGCUUACAAUGCUUGCAGCCAAGAAGACUACACAGAGGUACUCUUUGAUGUAUGGAGAAAGAGCUCUAGUGAUGCUUAUCUUGGAGCUGUAGUUGAUGCUGCAGUGUCUACUGAAGUGGAAAGAUUAGCUGAUGACUUGAAGAUUUGUCUGAAGCAGGCUGUUCCAGAUUUUGGGUACUUGGUGAAGAGUGCUGUGCAUCUUUUGGAUGUCUUAGGGUGGACUGAGAAUGUUACUGCUGUUUUUCCUGAUGAGAAACUGUUGGAUGAUGUUUUUGAGUUUGCGAAAAACAAGAGGAUUUGUAUCAGGAAGUAUUGGAUGCUCAAAGAUAACAACUCAACCUAUGAAUACGAAGAUGAAGGACCCCUUGUAGUAUUUGGAGAUAACUCGCAACUGACAAACUUUUUAACAAGUAAUGAACAUCUGCAAGAAGUUCAAAUGGUCAUUGCACCCACAGAUGGCCUUCCACUUCAUGACAUCUCGGAAAAUUUCUACAUGAUUCUUCCAUCUCAUAUCCCAUUGACUGACAGCGUAGAAAAAGUGAAUCUCAUACCUAUAAAUCUUAUAUUCGAGCUGUCUCGACCCAUCUUGAGCUACACAGAGUAUUUGAGAACUUUUCUGAAGAUCCACUGCAAUGAAACAACUCCUAACCUUAAAUGUUUACAAAGUAAAAAUAUACAGUUUUCGAACAAGAACACUUGGUAUACCGAUGAGAUGAUCUUGAAGAUGCUUAAGAUUGAACCAUUGCGAAAUAAUUUUUUGUUCGAGGUUUACAAAGUAGAGAACGAAUCUGAAGAUUUUUUCAAGAUGGGUUACAACUUCAAGCAACCUCUAACUAAGAUGUUCACUUAUAAUAUAUUCGAUGAUCAUCUUGAAAAUCUAUACGAUGUGGAUAUGACCAAUGUUACACCGAAAAUAUGCGAAGAUUUUAACACCUGUAAAUCUUCCUGUCUGAAUUUUGGGGAAAUGAAACAGAAUAUCAAUAUUAUUUUCGACAACCCUGUAGAGUUUCGUUCAGAACCUUUCAUUAUGGUAUUUGUAGCUAUAUCUGCUGUAGGAAUUCUUGUUAAUUUGAUCAUAUUAACGUUCUUCCUUAUUUCUAUCUGUAGGAGAGAAAUUCUUGAGGGGAAUCCUACAACCACGAUUUUCUUGCUUCUUAGUGUGCUUCUCAUGUAUACCUCCGUUCUUCCUUUCUCCUUAAGAGUACAAGAAGAUAACUCAAAUAUUCUAUGCCUUUUAAAAUCUCUAUGGACUUCACUGAGUAUCUGUGGAGCUUUUUCUCUCAUUUUAGCGCGUUGCAUUUUCCUUGCUACCGUCACUAAGGAAAUGGCUUAUAUGUCACACAUCCCUGGUUCUGUGCAGUCCUUCUUAACUUUAUUCAUUUUUGGAGUGCAAGCAGCCUUGAGUUUACAGGUAUUUGAUGACUGUCAAAGAGUGUUUGCAGGCUCGAAUUUUAUUUAUUUCAUGUCGUACAACGUUCUUCUUCUUGUUAUGAUCAUCUGUCUUUGUCCUAUGAUCUUUAAGUCACAGAGGAAUUACAGAGAAGGAAAAUACUUCUUUAUCUCUGUUUUUUUGAUUAUUUUGUGUUGGUGUUUCUGGAUUUCCUGUUAUAAAGUUUUGAACGAUUCGUGGAGAGAUCUUCUGAUAUGCUUUGCAACAAUUUCUACAGCUAGCAUUUUGCAAGGGGUCAUUUUGGUGUCUAGAACGUAUUUGAUGAUGGUAUCUUCAGUUCGUCAUAAGAUGAGAAACAGCUUGCCAAAUGUCAAUGAAAGGAAUGGAGUGUUGGACAUUUAUAGAGCAGAUGCCAGGCAAGUCUAUGAUUGCGUCAACGUGGCUGCAAUAAACGCCAUAUCAGUAGCAAGAGCUGGGAUAACAGUAACGGACUUGGAUGAUGAUAUUUACAACUACCCAACAUUACCAAGGGAUGAAGAUCUAAAUUUUGAGGUUCAAACAAAUUCAUCGAUGCAUCUUGACAAAGUUACACGUUUCUAAAAGAAAGAGAGAAAAAAAACCAGUAUUAAUAUGAGUAUUUUCGAACAUAGCAGCUACUGUAUAAAAAUUAUAUAUGUGUCAAGAGAAAUCUUGGUUGAUAGUUCUAAAGAUGUACCCAUUAUGUUUGAAAUAUGUGGAUCUCCAUGAUACAAUGUUACUCGAGAGAUAAUAUACUGGUCAACAUAUUUCGUUACCCAUAGAAAUAUUUUUAUGAUAAUAUAAAUAUAUUAUGUUUACUUUUCUGAUAUUUUCGAAGACAUACAUAUUUUUAUAUUUAUUUCAUUAUCGAUAAAAUGCAGAAUAUGAAUUCAUGAUAGAUGUGUUAAUUAUA